UCUCUGAUUUGAACGCGCACCCAUAUAUUCGACAAAUAAAAGCAAUAAUAAGUGGGUUUAUUAAAAUUAUUAAAAAAGAUGCUAUUACGAUCCGAUCUUUACAACAACUUCUCAAGUAUGAGGAUGAAACAUUGAUUCAAUUCUUCAAUUCAAAUAAUAUAAAACAAGGGGAUGUUAACAAGCUUCGUAUCCAAUGUGGAAAUUAUGAAGAAAAAUUAGCACAACUUCAUCAUUUUUAUACUCAAUUUUGUCCAGUUGAAAAAAUUAAAGGUGUUGAUGUUUAUCUUAAAGAUAUGGAACAAAGAUCAAAAUGUGAUACUUUAACUCUUCAAGAGACUCUAGCAAAUAAUCAUUGGGAAUAUCACAAGAUUAAUGAAAAUGCUGCAAAACUAACAUAUAAAUUAGCAAAUCUUCAAACAUUCAGAAAUAUAUUUAAUCAAAAGAUUAAUAGUGAAGAAGAAAUUAACAUUGAAGAAUUGGCACAAAAUAUUAUACCAUCACUUGCCCAAAUAUAUGAACAAAAGACCAUGAAAUACAAAACUAAUGAAUGGGAAAUCCUUUAUUGCAUUGAAGAAAGCACUUUUUGGAAUAAUGUUAAAGAUGUUAAAGCAGAACUUGAUUUUAUGAAUUUAAAAGCGGAUAAAAGAUUGAUAAAAACUUUAACAUACGUGUCAAGGUAUCCUAUAUAUGUUGAAAGACUUCAGCAAUUGAAUGAGGUGGUAUCAAUGUUUAAGGUAACUCAUACAAAAGAAGAUUGGAUUGAAACGCAGCUUGCGCUUUUAAAUGGAAACUAUUUAUGGCUUGGAAGACUUAAUGAUUUCUUUGAAUAUCAUGAUCGUUCCUUAUCUUCACUUAAUGAAAAUUGUUGGGAACUGAUAAAGUCAUUAUCACUUGCCGAUGAAUUUAUCCGAUUCCUUCAGUCUGUGGCUGAACAUGAUAUAACUAAUAUAAUUAAUGGUGUGGAUAAUCAAUCUGAUGAACGUCUCAUUCAAGAAGAUACAGUUUCUUCAUUGAUUCAAGUUAAAAAAUUCUUAUUACCAUUGUUAAAGAAUGUAGAAAGUUUAAAACCUAAAACAUUUUUGAAAAAACUCUGUGAAAUUACAGAGCAAAAUCCAGUAUUGGGGCAAAAGAUUACUUUAUGUAAUAGUAAUAGAAAAGCAUUAGAGAAUAUGUAUAAAAAUAUUAAUAAUAGAACUGAAGUUACUCAAGAAAGAAUUAUUAACGCUGUAAAGAUCGGAACAUACACAUUUAAACGAAUUAGUAAUGAUGAUAAAUGCACUGCUACUUUAUCUUAUCCUAUCAACUCCUUUUCAGCUAAUUCUGACUCUAUGGACGAUAAAGAUGAAUCUAAUGAGAAACCAUACACUUUAAAUGAUUUGCAAGACUUAAGAGGAAGAGCUUUGUUAAUAGCCAAACCUGGUGUAACUAUAGAAAUGGAAAUGCCUGAAAAAGAGCAAGAGCAACAAGAAAGAGCUAAAAAAAUAAUGAAUGAAUUUGUGAUCCAAGUAGAUUUUGCACAGGAGAUUAUAAAUGUUGGUUCUAAAUUAAUUCAGAUAGGUAUUGUUGAUAGGGCACAAAAAGAACAUUAUUAUUUGACUUUCUUCCCUGCGCGUCACAUCUUGGCAUUUCAUGAUUAUUUUAAUGACAAUGCCAAAGAUAAAGCUGCAAACCAUGAAGAAUGUCAAAUACUUAUAACAUUUGUGAACAAUGCUGCUCGAUUGCCACCACCAAAAUCACAAACACAAAUGGAAAUUAUUGAUGAUAUUCAUGAUAACACUCGUGAUUAUUAUAGUGCUCUAUGUAGUAUAGGGUCCAAAUUGGCAGAUAUAUUUGAGAACAUUCCCAAACAGAUACGAGAAAUUAAAGACACGGGAGAACGUAUUAAAUCAGAUCUUGUCCAACCUGGGAAAUUAUUUGUGGCUGCAUGUAGUAAUAAAUCUCUUGUACCAAAUAUCAUAAUGUCACUGUAUGCCAACCACAAAUCUUAUCCUCAGCCGUGGCAAAUAUUGAUAUGCACUUCUUCAACGACUAUGGAAGAACUUUCUAUUUUCACUAAACGAUGUUUCUUUGCGUCUGAUAAUGGAUAUAAAGGCCAUUUAUUCUGCAUCGCUAAUUUAGAACUAGUAGAUUUUGAGUUACAGUAUAAUCUUGUUAAUAACAUUAGAUCUAUGAAUCGGAUGCCAAAUAUCAAAGAUAAAUAUUUAUUAGCUCUUAUAUGUUGCAAAGAAUCCGAAGUUCAACAUCAUAUAUUGGAUCAAUUUUCUCAGGAUAUUCAUGUAACCAAUGGGCUAGAUGUAGAUGCUAUGAAAGGAAUAUAUCAAGAGCUAUGUCCAGACGUUAGACGUGUAUCAUCAGAAUUAUCAGGACAGGGUAAAACGGAAUGGAUUAAAAAUGCUAGUUUUGAGAAAAUGAAAAUUCCUCGUAGUUUUCUAAUUAGUGAUGGAGUUGAUUUUGGAGCACUUGUUAGGCGUUUAAAAGAACACAAGAUUAGACCAGUUGAAAGUUUGCAUUUAAAUAUAGUAUCUGCAGAUAAUCCUGGUGACGUUAACCUAUUCCUAUUUGAACUGUUAACUUUAGGAAUGGUUUCUAACUAUACGGAUAUAGUUUGUCUUCCCAAUACUCCCAUUUUCAUUGAAGUUGCAACAACUGUUGGACAGUAUUUACUCAAAUCUUUGCCAUUUGUCGAAUGUCUUUCCAGCGAACAUAUAACUUGGGAUAUUUCUAAUCUUUCUGUAUCUCUAGAAAUUGAUAACCCAAUUCAAAUCGUUUGUCAUUAUUUAGAAGCGGAUGAAAAUUCAACUAUUGAAGAAAAAGAUCUCUUGUUCAAUACCACUGGUACUGAUAUCACGGAGCCACUACAGGAAAAUCGUUGUAGAGAACUCAUCAAAAAAUAUUUGUUUGACGAUAAGGAUGAUAGUGAUAUUUCAUCAUAUAGAUUUGUCGAAAUUUUUAUUAAUGUUUUGGCAAAUCAAUUAAUUGGACUAUCUUUAAGUUCCUACUUCCGAGUUGAUAAUUUAAAAUUAAUGACUAAAGAAAAAGACAUUAGAAAAACUUUGGUCAACACAUUACUUAUUGCUUGCAAAGAUUUUGCCACACGUUCAGUAAAGACUAAAGCGGCUCAAUUAGAAUCAAUAACACCUUUAAAUGAUGAUAGACUGGGUACAAUUGUUCAAUGGGAAGAUUCAAAUCAUUUAUUAGUGUUUUUCUUGUCUCAAGCACCGGAUUCUAUUUGUGCUUUAUAUCGUAAUGCAAAAAAAGUUCCAGACAAUGUAACAAAAUUAUUACAAAGUCAAUGUAUAAAUGGUGAUCCUAAAAACUUUAAAUUGGAAGAUUAUAAUACGAUGGACAUGAAGCUUUUACUGAAAAAAUUGGAAAGCUUAGCAAGAAAGACUACACAUGAAAUUACGUAUCCUCGAUAUGCUUUAUCUGCAGAUAAUUUAAUUAAGAUGGCGUUAAUUUUAUUAAGAGCUCGUGCUAGUAUUCCGACAAGUUUAAUUGGAUUUUUAGCCGGGGUAGUCGAAGUUAAGUUUCAUGCUCUGAACCUGCACGCGGGUAUUUCCGAAGAUAUCAUAAAAUCUUUCAUGACAAUGGUUCAGGAUGAAUCUCAAGAGAAGGAAACUUGGAUAUUUUUUGAUGAAAUUAAUACUUGUAAUUACAUGGGACUUCUCUCCGAUCUCAUAGCUCAUAGACGAUGGUUAGGCAAAGAAGUCCAUUAUAACAUUCGCAUUUUUGCUGCUUGUAAUCCUUACCGUAAACGCACUAAAAGUCAGAGUAGUGUGGGAUUAAAGGUACAGCAAAAGAUAAAAUAUGAGGAAAGAAAUGAGUUGGUUUAUCAGGUCAAACCAUUGCCAGAUCAAAUUCUUGAUUAUGUUUGGGAUUAUGGAAUUCUUCAAGCACUUGAGGAAGAAAAGUAUAUUCAAACAAUGGUUUCUGAAUCAUUAGGAGAAUAUGAUGAUAAUAAUGUAUUUGCAAAAUUAUUGGCAGAAUCACAACGAUAUAUUAGACACAUCGAGGAACCUUAUAGUGUUAGUCUAAGAGACGUGAAACGUGCAAUCACUCUACAAUCUAUUAGACAAACGUAUAGAGAAAAAAUGGCUAGAUUAUUGCUUACUAAUGGAAUUCAAUUUGAUGAUGCUAAGUUUAACACUGUCAUUAGACAAGAGCAAGAAGAUUACAUUAAUAGAAUGAUUUGUCCUCCAAAUACUGCACAUAAUGAAGCACUUUUAGAAAAUGUUUUGGUUUAUCUAAUCCCUUAUCAAGGUUCAUCGUCUUCAACAUCCGAUGGUAUCAUAAAAGUAUUUGAAAAAGCUGUUAAUUAUCAGAAUACGAGUUCUAAAGAAUUUAAAAUCAUUAGUGUGGUCUUGCUUGAUGAAGUUCUUCAUUCAUUACUUGAACCAAGCUAUCCUUCGGAUGGUCCUACCGUAGCUUUUAUUGGCAUAUCUAACUGGAGAUUAGAUAAUAGUAAGAGCAAUACAGCAGUCAAUCUACUAGGAUCAAAGACCAAUCCUGGCGGUUCUAAGAUAACAAGUUCCUCUCUUAAACCACUCGCAGAUGCUUAUUCAUCUUACGAACAAACUGGGCAGCUGCUUCCUAAUUUCCAUGGCCUUCGUGAUUACUACGCAUUAGUAAAAUCAUUAUCUUUGGCUGAAUUAACGCCUCAAAAUAUUCAAAAAUCCUUAGUUCGAAAUUUUGGUGGUACAGAUCCGGAACAAACUCAAAAAUUAUGCGAACAUUAUUUUGGAGAGGUAUUUAGACUAUCUAAUGAUGCCAAGAAUUGGGAAUAUACUCCUGUUCCGGUCGAAGAGUUGAUUAAUGCGAAUUUGGAUGAUGAAGGGGCGAGACAUCUUAUGGUCAUUGGAAAAAGUGAUUCAAUUGUUAGUUUGUUGACUUAUCAGUUGAGAAGUAGAAAUUUAGAUCCGGUUAUUAUCUUGGGAUCUCAAUUCCCUGAUGAUCGAGAUGACUAUUCUUAUACUGGAAGACCAUUAAUCUUGACAGACUUGGAAAUUAUUUACGGGAGUCUUUAUGAUCUGUGGAACCAAAACUAUAUCGUCGUGGCUGAUCCACCACUUCUAAAUCGGUUCGAAAAACAAAAAAUGACAAUAAACAACAUCUUAACACCUCAAAAUAUUCAGAUAGUUGAACAAUUAUCUAGCUGGGUAAAUCAAAUGUCAAAAGUAUUUGGUGGCCUUAACCCAGCCAUGCCAAUAAUGGAAUUUAAACAAAAGGAUCUAUUUAUUGGAUUUGAUCCUGAUGAAACAUUACAAAGUUUAGUGAUUGACAUUACUAAGAGAUAUCCGAAUAGUGAUGAUGCAGACAUUCUUCAAAAGUGUAAAGAAAAACUGAUCGCAAUUGCCUCAAGUGAUGGAAUUAUAAGAGCGGAAAAAUCUGGAUUGGAUGCCGAUGAAAUUAAGUUCUGGAAAAAUACUUACUAUAAUGACCAAUGCCAUAAUGAUCUUGCCACAUACAUUCAAUCUUCUCUAAAUAAAUUAAAAAACGAAAAUUACUCAGAAGGACUUCAAGUUAUCAUUAAUACAUUCUCCAACAUUAACACAGAUGUAGAAGCUUGUCUGAAAGACACGAUCAAUUGUCAAGUAGAUAAAUUAUCGACAUUCAAAACAGAAGCACAGCUUCAAAACAGAGUUAAACAUUUCUGGUUAAAUUCUACGGCUGAAAUGUUAAUUCUCCAAUGUGAUGUUACAACGAUAAGUGCCGGAUGUAUUAAAUUGGCUAAAUUUAUAAUUGAACAAUUUAAAAACGAUUAUAUGAUUAAAAAGAAAACAAGGCCUGAAUUAAAGAUGAAAACAAAACAUUCAUGUGUUAUACUACAUAUUCAUAGAAAGCAAGAAAAUUCAUUGGCAACUUUUAAUUUUAUGUGUGGAUGGGAUCAAAUAACGAUUGAAACUCUAUCUGAACAAGAAAUACCUUUAUCAAAACUUUUGGAUAGAAGUCUAAAUGAUGUUAUUAAUACUACCUAUAAAUUUGAAGAUAUUUUGAAACAAGAAUUAUUAUGCUGGCAAUAUGAUGUAGCAUCCAAUAAGAAAUUAUUAUAUAGAUAUCCAUCAUUUUUAGCAGCAUUACAGGCUUAUAUCAAAGGAUUUGUCAGAAGACCGAUUGCCAAAGCUUUAUGUGCACUUGAAAGAUUCGCAGCAACCAAAACUUUCUUCUUAAUAGAUAAGCCAAAUAUUUCAAAUGAAGAUAAUUAUUUGCUCAAUUUUUGGUUAGAAAUGUUUAAUGAUCAAAAAAUAAUUAAUAUCGAAGAAAUUUCAGAGCCGUCACCAGAUUUAUAUACUAUGCCUCUAGGAAUUUAUGAUCUACAAUUUCCAUUUUCUUAUUACUUCAUGGAACAAAUUGAUAAUUUUAGACCAAUUUAUCAGGAAGAAGUUAAUAUAUUGUACCAAAAUCCCGAUAACGUGAACAACCUAUCUGGUGAACUCGAAGAUUCUGUGAUUAAUGAAUACCUUAAAAAUUUCACAGAAAAAAUCAGAGCAGAAGUUCCUUUAUUAAAAACAUCACCAUUGGAUAAAGCAUCAGAUCUGUAUUUCAAAGAUUUCGUUUCGGUUAUAGCAUGUAAUGAACCUGGUAACAAAGAUCCUGAAUUAUUAGGAUCAAUCUUUGAAAGAAGACUCGGCAAAGAAAAGGUUUUGAAUCCAAUAAUAUUACAUACUUAUUGGUGGAUUCAUGGAAAUUCCAUAAUGGCAGAAUUACAACUAGCUCAAAUAUGCCCAACAAUAGCUCCAGAAUUAAAAAACAAAUCCGGUGACGCCAUAACUCUAGUUAAAGAGGCUAUAGAAAUAUUAUUAGUUAAAAUCAGCAAAGAUAAAAACAUGAAUGAAGCUUACGAACAAAAAGAAGUUGAUCGAUGGAAAUAUGAAGUUACUAAGGUUCUUUCAUUCAGCAAAGAAAUUCCAAAAGCUUCAACAUUAGAAUCUCUCAAAUUAUUGCAAUUUUGUAACGAUUUACUCUCCAUCAAAUCAAUCAGACCACAUAGUAUUUCAAGGAUUAUUUCUCUUGCACAAAAUUCAGUGUCAACAUUGACGAUAGAGGUCUUGAAUGUAUUAUUCGAUGUUUUAUAUGAAAUCGAACCUACUGAAAUCAAUUUGGUAUUUAAACGAAACAUUAUUCUAAGAUGCCUUGAUAUAAUUCCUCUAGAGUCAGAUUUACGAAUUUGGCUCUAUCGAAGGUUGUUUGAAAAUCAACCAUUCCCACUUAUGGGUAUAAUUAUUCAAAAAAUUUUCGAAACAGAAAAAACAGCACAAGAAGGUAUAUUCUUCCAACUUAUUAAAGGCCAACCAGGGAUUCUUACUUUUUAUCCUAGACUCCAAGAAAUCGAUAAAUAUCUUACCGAACUUGAUUUAAAAAUGGCUACUUUAUGCUGUGAUAUCAUUCAACAUUGUUUUUUUGCAAAAACGACUAUAGAAAAAUUAGUAUCCUACUUCCCUCAUGCUUUAAGAACCUUGUGUGAAGAAGAAAUACAACCAUUACAACGAAUCUCAGCUGUUGCAUUCUUAAAAGAAUUUGUUAGAAUGUUUUUUGAUGUAGUCAUCAAUGAUGAAAAUGCUUCUGUUGCAUAUCAACUUGAUAGUAUCCAAGGGAUUAACGGUACCAACUUUUUACAUAAAAUCAUUGAAGCGUUAAAAGUAGACCACUCGUUAAUAUAUUCGUUAAGAAUAUAUUUCCUUCGAGAUUUAAGAAGACGUGGAUAUUCAUUCGAUGAAGUAAGAAGGUUUUGUAAGAGACGGCCUGAUGAACUGCCUUGGCUGAAUAAUUUCCCUUGGGAGUCUAGUGAUUCAACAAGAUUUCCAUUUAACCCUUAUUGGCAUCUUUCCGAAUAUCCAGAAACUGAAAUUGCAUAUGCGAAUAUGCGUCGAAUUGGAAAUAAAGUACAGAUAGAUGAUUUCCUUAAAAAAGUCGAUGGAGGAUCAAUAAAUUCACGAUUAUCUCUUAUUGGAUUGCUUGUCAUGAGACUCCAUGCUGUUAGGGCUUCACGUGGAUGGGAUGAAAAAGAAAGAGAGUUAUCUAUACAUUUAAAAUCAAAAAUUGAUAACAUGAUUAGUCUUCCAGAUGCUUAUAGACAAAUGGUUUCCAAACUUUUAGAAAAUACCCACAAUUUAUAUAAGAUUGGAACUGACACCACAAGUAAUAAUUUAAUCAUGAAAUCGGUACUUAUUUAUAUAGUUGGACUACAUGCCUCUAUGAAUUCAGAUUUUUCACCCUUGACUGCUUAUUUGCAAGAAAUAGAAGGAUGUGGUUCCAUGUUUAUUGUAUCAUGCCAAUCAGAUGAGGAAUCUGCUUUGUUCAAUGCGGUUGCUGCUAUGGGAGGUGGAAGUCAUCAUCAGUCUGCACCUGGCAACACACGACUUGAUCAAGAUAUUGUCUUAUCAGUGGUAUCAAAUGAUCAAGCAGGAUAUGUUUCGGAAAAACUAGAAUCUUCACAAACUCAUACUGUUCGAGCAAUGUGCCCAACUUCAUAUCGAAUUUUACAUUUGAUAGUUCAUACACUUAUCUUAGCUUCAACACCGUCAGAGGCCACAAAUAAUUUCUUUAAACAAAAUGGAAAUACUUAUGGAGAUGUUACGGACUAUUGCAUGAAGCAUAUUGAAAAUGAUUGGGCUGUCUUAAAAAAGCUUCUUAAUAUUUCUGAUGAGAAUUUGGCACUAUUAUUCCAUUCUAUACUAGUCGAGAUAAUAAAUAAUCCCAAUCAUUCUAAACCAAACCAUUUGUUUACUUCGGUCGCAAGACAACAGUGGGAAACAAACUUUGCUCGAAAUUAUGUUACACCACUGAUAAAUAAUGUCACUCAAACCAUUAGAGACUUUAGUACUUCGUUGAGAAAUGCAAUGACUGCGGCAGAAGUAUCUAGUAACAUUCUUGAUACAGAAAUUAGUCAAACGUUAGACAUGUCCCCACAACAUUGUAAAGAAUAUCUUCCUGGAUUGUGGAGAACUCUCGGGACAGUUUGUUAUGAAAGUCUUAAUGCUUAUUACUCAAGAGAUAUGCAUCAUAAUGUUCAAGCAUUUCCAUUCUUGGCAGUUUAUUUCAAGCAUGAAAAAAACUUGUCACAAAUCAAGCAUCUUUAUCCUAUUGUCAAUUUCGUUAAAAUAUUACAUUCAAAUCUUGCCUAUAGAUUGCAAAGAGAAAAAGCAGUUAGUUAUACAUUUAAAGAAUUUAUUGAUGAAUCAAAGAACGAAGCAAUGUUUGAUACUCGCAUGACUCUAAAUACUGCUUUUGAAGAGUUUGCUAACGCUUGGAAUUCAGUUAUUGAUAAUGUUACUCGAUAUCAGUGUCAUGAACUACCCAGACAUCCACAGAUUACUAUUAAUGAUUCUGUGACGUUCGGUUUAAUGGAGGCUAGGGAUUCUGGUGUUUUCUUAUGCGCAAUUAUAGACUAUUUGGUCGAUUUACAUAAUAAUUUCUUGGAGGAUGUUAUAGCAAUUCCAGAAAGAUCUUGUCUCUCUCUAAAAUUCUUAGAAGAAGCUACACCUUGGGUAUAUGAAGAAAUUGUUACUUCAACUCAGGUUAGAGUCACAAAAGCCACAAAUCCUUAUCACAUUCCGUCAAAACGUUUAGACUCAAUAAAGCGAUCAAACAUUGUUGAUUAUGAGUGGGAUAAUAGGAUCCUUCGGUAUAGUCAGCAUAACCUUAAAAUUGGACACGGUGAAGAUAUAAUGUUCGAUCUUCAAGCUAUAGAAAUGGAACUUGCUCAAACUUUAGUCUCCGAAAAAGCGUAUAUUGAAAGAAAUGGUGACCAAUUAUUAAUGGACAAAUUCCCGUAUCACUUAGAGCUAUUCCAAAGUUCAAUGAGAAUUUUAGGUGAAAUUAAAGAAUUAAUUCCACAAGAACCUAUUCCUAAUGACAAGAUUUCAUUAAUCUUUGAAUCCGCUUCAUCAGCACCUUUAACAUCAAAUCCAUUUAAGAAUGCAAAUAUUUUAGCAAAGUAUUCAAUCGAAAAUGCAACAGAAUUACUUUCAUUCUUGGAAAUAUUUUUAUGCUUCAUUAAAAGAAUCUCAGCUGAUAAUGGUGAAACUCUUAUGAAAGAGUUUGUAAACCAAUGGUUAAAAUUAUCAAACUUAAUGGAAAAUAUCGGGUUUCAACAUAUUUUAAAUCUCGAGCUGAAAUUAAAACAUGCAAUUUCCUUAUACGAAUUAGUUGAAAAUCAAGUCGCAAACGAAGAGAUUAAAUAUCUUAAUACUAAAUAUAAAAAAUCAUUAGAUGAAGAUAUGAAAAAUCAAGUUUUAGAAGCUAUUGAUUUCGAACAAAAUACUGGAGAACAAAAACAAAAGAUACCAGCCGAAGCGUUUGUUAUUGCUCUUAAGAGAUAUAUGCAAAGAUUCUUGUGCACAGAUAAUAUUAAAGCAAGUGAUCCAUUGAACAUUUAUGUUAACGAUAUGAGUCUGAAUUUAUGGCCCGACGGUGUCCCCGAGGAGUUAUUAGAUGAUGUUUUCCCGGAUUCAUUGUUGGUAGAAAAUACAUUCGAGGCUUACGAAUUUGUCAAUAAUAUGAUUAAGGUUGAUCAACAAUCACUUCCUGCAGUUAAACAAAUCACUCCAAUAGAAUUAGAUAACUCUAUGGAAGUGGAUCAUCCGGGAGUGGAUC